CUAUAGUAGCCGAUCAGUAAAACGACACGCGUUUAAUCAUGUCGAACGCACCCAAAGCGUUCACUUUAACGGAAGUGCUUUCAACUCCUCCCCUGUCUUCAACCGGCUCUGCUCGCCCGUUCAUGUCGAUCACACCUCAACAGUGGCUUUCUGUCACAGAUUAAAUGACCAACUUUCGGUCUGCUUGGAUAGUUUGCCCUUCACUGUAGUCGACUUUAAAAUGAAAUCUGGCACUUUGAAAACGAGGUCCUCUUACCUUGGCGAACUUUCUUCGAACUCCAACUCUUCACGAGAUUGAACUUUGGAUGACAAACAGUUUGAGGGCACCAAGGCGGACAAAAAGGACACAUUAUGGCAAUAUGUGGCAGACGGAGUCGGCCCAAGCUCAUUCUGUACAUUCUCGGGGCUUUUGUAGUGGGAUAUUUAGUGUUUCAUAGGAGCACACACAGUGAUGUCGGACUGGCGAGUCGAAGAGAAGUUACAGUUGAGCAGCACAAAAAUGUGGACGAGGAAUUACUGAAGAAACCUGUUUACGAGAAGCCUCCUCUAGACGUUAAUGCUCUGGGAGAGAUGGGUAGAGCUGUUAAACUGGACCUGACCGAAGAAGAGAAGCGAGAGGAGGAGGAGAGCAUCAAAAAACAUCAGAUAAACACUUAUGUGAGCGAUAGGAUAUCACUACAUCGCAGGCUGCCUGAAAGAUGGAACCCACUAUGUAGAAACCUGAAAUAUGACUAUCCGAGCCUGCCCUCAACAUCAGUAGUGAUAGCCUUCUACAAUGAAGCCUGGUCCACACUACUGAGGACAGUGCACAGUGUCCUGGAGACCUCACCGGACCUGCUGCUGACUGAAAUCAUUCUGGUAGAUGACUACAGUGACCGAGAUCAUUUAAAGGAGCCUCUAGAGAACUACAUCGCCAAUCUCAAAAAGGUGCGUCUGAUCCGAGCAAGGAAGAGAGAGGGUUUGGUGCGAGCACGGCUCCUGGGGGCUUCCAUUGCCACAGGAGAAGUGCUGACCUUCCUCGAUUGCCACUGUGAGUGCCAUGAAGGCUGGUUGGAGCCUUUACUCCAGAGAAUAAAGGACGAGCCUUCAGCCGUGGUGUGUCCAGUGAUUGAUGUUAUUGACUGGAACACCUUCCAGUACCUGGGCAACGCUGGAGAACCUCAGAUUGGAGGAUUUGAUUGGAGAUUGGUGUUCACGUGGCACACUAUCCCAGAACAUGAACAGAAACGCAGAAGUUCUCCCACUGAUGUCAUCAGAUCUCCUACGAUGGCUGGGGGUUUGUUUGCAGUCAACAAGAAGUACUUUCAUUACCUGGGCACAUAUGACACAGGAAUGGAGGUGUGGGGUGGAGAGAACCUGGAGUUCUCAUUCAGAAUCUGGCAGUGUGGAGGGAGUCUGGAAAUCCAUCCUUGCUCUCACGUGGGUCACGUCUUUCCGAAGAAAGCGCCAUACUCGAGAAGCAAGGCCUUGUCCAACAGCGUGCGGGCGGCAGAAGUCUGGAUGGACGAAUACAAAGAAGUGUAUUACCAUCGCAGCCCUCAUGCUCGUCUGGAGGCAUAUGGUGAUGUGACAGACAGACGGAAACUCAGAAUGCGUCUUGGCUGUAAAGAUUUUAAGUGGCUCCUGGAGAACAUCUACCCUGAGAUUCAAGUCCCAGAGGACAGGCCUGGAAUGUUUGGCAUGUUGAAGAAUAAAGGAAUGGCCAACUACUGCUUUGACUACAACCCACCUGAUGAUCAUAAUAUGGUCGGUCACCGGGUCAUUCUUUACCCUUGUCACGGCAUGGGACAAAACCAGUUCUUUGAGUACUCCACACUCCAAGAGAUCCGUUAUAACACGAGGGACCCUGCAGGCUGCGUCGUGGCUGAUCCUGUCUCCACAUUCCUCACCAUGCAUCACUGCAGUAAAUCCAGGGAAGCUGUGCCUGAAGACCAGAAGUUCCUUUUCAGAGAGGACGGCUCUCUCUACCAUGUUCAGACACAGAAGUGUGUUGAGGCAGUAGCCCGGACCGACACUGGGAGCCCUGGCCCUGCUCUACGGCCCUGCUCCGACUCAACCUCCCAGAAGUGGUUCUUUGAAGAGAGAACAUAGCAAAGGUUCUCUCUACACCCUUCACCUGCACAACAGUUCAAAGGGAAUUUCAUAUCGGCUGCUCCGACUUCACACCCGCUUAUUAAGCAUUCCACUUCCACUUAGGAUUGAUAGUGCCUUUCUUUUACACGACAUGCACAGUACAGACUCUUGUCUGUUAAACUGUAGAAAAUAUUGUAUGUUGUAAUGAAUUAACUUAUUCAAUUUGAACAUUUUUGAAUAGUGUAUUAAAAUUCAUCACUCAUAAUAGAGUUGUUCAGUUUGUAAUCCUGAAACCCUGAGGAGGAUAAGCAUUUUCGUGCCACAAGUGUUCUCAGAAAUGUUCAACGAGUUUUGGAUUUCUGAGUAAACUAAGGUAUGUGCUCUACAACAUGCACUACUGUUCAGAAGUUUGGGUUCAGUAAGAUUCAGUAAAAGUGAUGGGUAAGGUUUUCAUAAUGUAAAACAAAAACUUAGAUUUGUCAAAUAAUGCUGAAUUUUUUUUUCUCAAACCUCAUCCAUCAUGCUUAGAAUAUUAUAAUAAUUUUAAAGGAUCAUGCGAGGCUUAAAACCGGAGUAAUGGCUGCUGAAUAUUUAGCUUUGCCAUCAUAGGAAUAAAUUACAUUUUAAAAUCUAUUAAAAUAGAUAAUGGUUAUUUAAAACUGUAAUAUUAUUUCACAGUAUUCCCGUUUUUUUUUUUUUUUUUUUUUUUUACGGUUUUUCUAUGGUUAGCAUGAAAGGCUUUUUUCAAAAACAUCAAAGGUUCUUACCAGCUCCAAAAGUUUGAACAGUAGUGUGUGUUGUAUGAUGAAAGUUAAAAGUUUCAAAAACACAGACCUUAUUUUAAUUAGAAAUGGCCAUUCUUAAAGCCCACAGGAAGUUCCCAAGGAAACCCAUGGUGAAUUCGUCUUCUAGGUUGGCCUGCACAUAGACAUCAUUACUGAACACCUCCAUUUCUCAGCAAGAUAUAAACAUUGUAUUUAAGCACUCAUCAUAAAAUCUGGGUCUCUCUGUCGCAAUUGACAAUCAUUACGAUUUUAUAAGAAGUUAAUUUGAGUUAUUUUAAUCAGUCAGUGCUGCCAGCUCCAUCUGCUGUUGUCUCAUCAUCCCCUCUUCUCCUGCAAAGUAGCUUCUAUUUAUUAAAAUCUUUUGACAUAUUUAACUACUUUUUUCUAGUGACUAGCAUUUUUAAAGACUCCUCCUCUGUGAUCUGUAGGUCCGAACUCGCUCAGGCAGCCUGGUUAUGGGUGUAUUUUUGGUUGAGUAGUGAGAUUAGGCUCAGAUGAGCAGCAGUGGCGGCGCUGCUGACAUUCUCUUUCCAACCACUAGAUGGUGCCAAAUUCGCCGUUUUAUUGCACGUCCGCUUUGUCCUCCAUGCUGUAACAUCAGCUUGUAUUUACAUGCGUGUAAUUCCAGUCACCCACGAUGCAGUGAUUGAGAUGCUGGGUUUCACUUUUUAUACACAAUUACAGUUAAAAUUGUACAGUGAUUAUUACUUGUAUCUGAAACCAUAUGGCAGCCUACCUCUAGUCAUUUACCUGCUUUUAAGAAAAGAUAAUCUGUCAUUCGAAGGGGAUGAAACAGAACUGGAUGUCACAGCAAAUACUAGAUUAAAGUUGGCCAAAUUACUGCAAUUUCUUUUUUCAUAUUUCCCUUAAGUUGUAGAGAAACAGUGCUGGGCUGCGUUUCCCAAAAGCAUUGUAAGCUUAAGUACAUCGUAGACCCAUUGAAACAAAUGGAGCUUUUUUUUCUGCGUUUGGGAAACGCAGCCUUAGUUUGUUAGUUUAGGGCAGGGGUGUCAAACUCAGUUCCUGGAGGGCCACAGCCUGCAGGGUUUAGAUUCAACACUAAUUAAAUGCAGCUGAUCCAGCUACUCAAGUCCUUCAGGUUUAUUUAAGACUAUAUGGUAUGUGUGUCAGAGCAGGGCUGAAACUAAACUCAGCAGGGCUGUGGCUCUCCAGGACAGAGUUUGACAGACCUGGGGCCUGUACCAUGAAGCUGGAUUAGCUGGCCAGCCAGGUAAAUUUCAGGUUAUUUUGCACCAAUCCUGGAUUUUAGGUACCACGUAAGUGGCUUAGCCUUUAGCGGGAUUCAUUGUCAUGUACUUGCACUCCACAGCCAACCUGCUCCGGGGCAGGUCAUGUUCUGGGUUAGAGAUCUCAAACGGAAGCUGGACCAAUCAGAUGUAAGCAAAGUGACACAUGUCUGACACAAAGUCACUCCCCCAGUUUAUCUUGCUCCAAAUUAAAGGUCACUAA